GUUUAAUUAGGAAACUGGUGGGAAAAACGACCCGAUGAGUUUUUGGAGACCAGACUGAUGAGGACAGACGUGGGAUGGGAUCCCUUUUGAUGAAGAUAAAGCAGGUGUCUGAGUGCAAAAUGCUUUGGUUCAGCAAUACCAAAGCAAAAAGUCUGCCAGAUGGAGGCACUAUCAACACAGAUGAGAUGAGUGGAUUUAGAGGGAGAAAGACGCUGGAAAAUGGAAAAGAACGAAAGAUAAGCAACAAGCUUCCCACGCCGGUCAGGCUGUCCUCACAGGAUCAGGAGCCGACGGGAUACACCUCAGAGAGGCAAAGCAGCAAGGAGAGCAGCAUAGCCGUUGUGCUGCCACAGAAACCCAGCGAGCAAAAACACAGAGCUGAGCUCAUCACUCCCAGAGUAGAAAAGGAAGAAGUUAUUAAGGUCUACCUUGAACCUAGACAAAAAACGAUACAGAGUGUCAGGAUGCUGACGGACGAAGUGUCCCACAUUCAGGAGGUGCGGUACUGCCUGAAGUCUCUCAGAGAGCAGAUGGCUGCCAGACAAAACAGCAACUUCAAUAAGGUUCCAGCAAACGGCAUAAGAGUUAACACUCACAGCAGCCAACCGCCGGUCACCAACAAUAACAAUAAUGUUUCUUUGGACGUUCAGUUCGAGGACAAUCAGGAGGACAGCGCCAAGCUCAGGGAGGUGACCAGGCGCCUGUAUGCACAGCUGAAGGAAAUGGAGAAGCAGCACCAGGAGGAGCGGGACAGACUGGAGGCCGAGUCGAACGAAUGCCGCAUCCGCCUGGCUGAGCAGUCUGUGCGUCUGCAGGCGGUGGAGCUGCAGUCAGAGGAAAAAGCCCAACAGGUAGAAGAGCUGCAGAGGCUGCUGGAGGGAAUGAGGAUGGAGAGCAACCUCCUUAAAGACAAGAUGGAGGCAGGGGAGGCAGAGCUGCUUCAGCUAAAAAAGAACCGAGAGGGAGGAGCAGAGAAGGAACAAAGGUGCACAGAACUCAACCAUGAGGUGGCUGUGCUAAAGGAAAAGAUUCACCACCUUGAUGACAUGCUGAAGAGUCAGCAGAGGAAGCUCCGUCACAUGAUCGAACAGCUGCAGCAUGCGCGGACGAUAAUCCAAGAGAGGGACCGGGUCAUCACGGAUCUGGAGGAGAAGGUCGCCUUCCUAGAAGCUGAGAAUAAGGAAAUGCAUGACCACUUGGAGCAUCUCCUGACAGGAGAGGACCCUCCUGAAAUCUCCACUGAAAACAAGCCGGAAAUUGUUUACAGCAAACCUUUGAUUCCAACAUCCCCGACCAACAAGGUCCUGCCUUUAAUCAAAGUCAUCGAGAUCAAAUCUUGAGCAACGUUGCAAGAAAUUAUCUAAAACAGACAUGUAAAUAUGUUUUUACUUUUCCUCUAAUAAUAUAUAUAAAUAUUUAUA